CGGCCGCAGACAUUGGCGGGGCUUUUGCUUCGCCCUUUUCCCUGCUGUUCUCGGAGCCCCUUCGUGCCUGCUUUUGGCCCUCACCGCCUUUCUUUUUUUUAACCCAUUAUCCCUCCUUUUUUUCCUCCCUUCACCCUCCCCCAUUUUUUUCUUCACUCUCCCAUUUUUUUCUUCACUCCCCCUUUUUUGCCUUCACCCACUUUUUUUGCAUUCACUCACUUUUUUGCUUUCACCCUCAUUUUUUAACUCUUCACCUCCUCUUUUUUUCUUUUAACCCCCCCUUUUUUUUUCUUUCACCCCCUCUUUUUUUUCCCUUCACACCUCCAUUUUUUUCCUUUUACCCCCAUUUUUCCCUUCAUCUCGCCUUUCCCCCCAUAAUCAAUUAAUUUGUAAAAAGCCUCAGAGGUAAAUGAGUCCAGCCUUGAUAAAGUUUCUCUUCAUGCCCCCUUUUUUUUCCUCCUUUCAUCUUCGUUUUUUUUUUCCCUUCACCUCCUAUUUUUUGCCCCAGAAUCACAGAACCAAUUAAGUUGGAAAAGACCUCUGAGCUCAUUGAUGAAGUUCCCCUUCAUUCUCCUUUCCCCCCCCCCCCCAUUUUUUUCCUGUCAUCCCUCUUUUUUCCCCUUUUACCCCCUUUUCCCCCUCCCCUUUAUUUUUCUUUACAUUUUGCACAUGUAGAAUUUUCCCUGCUCUGUACAGGAGGUUGGGAGCGAGUUGAAACGUGUUAAUCUCUCACCUCCCCUCCAUUUAAUGUACCCAAAAACGGGCUGCGAAUUGCCUGUAAAAAAGGGGUGUAACUGGCUGUGUAUUAAAAUACCCAAAAAAGGGCUCUAAAACAUCUGGCUCAGCACAGACCUGGCUGUGACUGAGGUGCUCAGGCCCUUUUUAGUGUAAAUAAUAAUUAGGGACAGAAAUAAUUCAGCUCAAGACUCUUCCUGCAUUUGAGGUUACCAAGUGUAAGCUUUCUUUCAGCUGUAGAUGAUUUUUGUUGUGUGGGGAGAUGUUUUCUCUGUUCAAGUUUGGGUUCUCUGCUUUAUGUUUUUAUUAUUUUUUCCUCCUUCACUGGACUGUUAUUUCCCGAAUUUGGGAUUUUUUCAUCCCUUAGGCUGUUGUGGUUUUGUUUCUAAGCCUUGCUGGUCUCUGAGCACGGUUUUAGACCCUCUUCCCACAUCCUGAGAGGAUUCCCAGUGUGAACUCAUCCCUUCUUUUCCUUCAUCCACAUCACAAUUGCUCCUUUCCAAAUCCUCUCACAGUGAACUUUCAUUUCCCAAAUAAUGAGGAAAUAGUGACUCUUGAUGGAAGAGCACGGGGUGAGCCAGGCAGAGCACAUGGCUACCAUCGAGGCGCACGCCGUGGCGCAGCAGGUGCAGCAGGUGCACGUGGCCACCUACACGGAGCACAGCAUGCUGAGCGCCGACGAGGACUCGCCCUCCUCGCCCGAGGACACCUCCUACGACGACUCCGACAUCCUCAACUCCACGGCGGCCGACGAGGUCACCGCGCACCUGGCGGCCGCAGGCCCUGUGGGGAUGGCAGCAGCUGCUGCUGUGGCCACGGGGAAGAAGCGGAAGCGGCCGCACGUGUUCGAGUCCAACCCCUCCAUCCGCAAGAGGCAGCAGACACGAUUGCUCAGGAAGCUGAGGGCCACGCUGGAUGAGUACACCACCAGAGUGGGGCAGCAGGCCAUCGUGCUGUGCAUCUCACCCUCCAAACCCAACCCUGUCUUCAAAGUGUUCGGUGCUGCACCCCUGGAGAACGUGGUGCGCAAGUACAAGAGCACCAUCCUGGAGGACCUGGAGUCGGCGCUGGCCGAGCACGCCCCGGCCCCCCAGGAGGUGAACUCAGAGCUGCCCCCCCUCACCAUCGAUGGCAUCCCCGUCUCCGUGGACAAAAUGACCCAGGCACAGCUGAGAGCCUUCAUCCCCGAGAUGCUGAAGUACUCCACGGGUCGUGGGAAGCCAGGCUGGGGCAAGGAGAGCUGCAAGCCCAUCUGGUGGCCCGAGGACAUCCCGUGGGCCAACGUCCGCAGCGACGUCCGCACGGAGGAGCAGAAGCAGCGGGUGUCCUGGACCCAGGCCCUGCGCACCAUCGUCAAGAACUGCUACAAGCAGCACGGGCGCGAGGACCUGCUCUACGCCUUCGAGGACCAGCAGACGCCGCAGACCACGACCACGCACAGCAUCGCCCACCUGGUGCCCUCCCAGACCGUGGUGCAAACCUUCAGCAACCCCGACGGCACCGUGUCCCUCAUCCAGGUUGGCACGGGGGCCACGGUGGCCACGCUGGCCGACGCCUCCGAGCUGCCCACCACGGUCACCGUGGCACAGGUCAAUUAUUCUGCGGUGGCUGACGGAGAGGUGGAGCAGAACUGGGCCACGCUGCAGGGAGGGGAGAUGACCAUCCAGACGACGCAGGCCUCGGAGGCCACGCAGGCGGUGGCAUCGCUAGCCGAGGCGGCGGUGGCGGCGUCGCAGGAGAUGCAGCAGGGAGCCACUGUCACCAUGGCACUCAACAGUGAAGCCGCUGCCCACGCCGUAGCCACGCUGGCCGAGGCCACCCUUCAGGGAGGGGGACAGAUUGUCCUGUCUGGGGAAACUGCAGCAGCAGUGGGAGCGCUCACAGGAGUCCAGGAUGCCAAUGGGCUGGUGCAGAUCCCGGUGAGCAUGUACCAGACGGUGGUGACCAGCCUGGCGCAGGGGAACGGCCCGGUGCAGGUGGCCAUGGCGCCGGUGACCACGCGCAUCGCGGACACGGCCGUCACCAUGGACGGGCAGGCCGUGGAGGUGGUGACCCUGGACCAGUGACCCCGGAGCAGCCCCCGGCCCUGCCCAGCCUCCUCCUCCUCUGCAGAUUUUUUACGCCUCUCCAGAGAUGCAAUCAGGUGGCAUUUUGAGUCUCCCGGCUUUGGAAACAAAACUUUUUUUUUUUUAAUUUUUUUUUUUUUUUCUCUCUUUAUUUUUUUUUUUUUUAAUCGAGAAAACUAGGAAAAAAAAAAAAAAAACGCAAAAAAAACAACCAAAUCCUGGCAGAGGAUGUGUGUAAAGUGCAUUUUUCUAGCGCCACUCUGCUCUCGGAGGAACGAGAAGCCAAAUUGUGACGGGACUUUGAUUCUGAGGAGGUUGGAAAGAAAAGGAAAAGAAAAAUAAAGCGACCCUUGAUGCCCCGUUUUCCCCCACGUGGGAUCGAGCAGGAGGAGGCUGGGGGGCAGCACGGACACCCUCGGCCAGCACCGACCUCGACAGCAAAUUAGGUAUCAAAGAUUUUAAUAUGGACUUUUAUAUUCCGAAAAACCCGCUCCAGAUACACAAACAAAACAAAAAAAAAACCAACAAACCACAAAAGGAAAAAAACAAAACAAAAAAAAAAAGCUUGGGGAAAAAAAAA